AUGCUGGAGAAUUUCGCUGUCCGCCACGGAGCUCGGAAGUUGAUGCUAUCCUCUUCGUGGCUGUCCAUUAACGCCCUCCCGAAGCUCAAAACGGCGCUGGUGAAGGCGGAGGGCUCCUUCGGACUCUCGGGUAAUUUCACUGCUGAGAUGUUCAACCUCCACGUGGGCGGUUUCACUGAUCUCAUCUCUAAGGUGCGUGGAUCUGGUCAUCCAAUCGUCAGCACUAUAAAUGCUCUCAUGGCCCAGAGCCCAUUACAGAGGGAUGCGCUUUCUGAGCAUGUGACCGGCUACAAAACAACCGGCACGCUGGUGAGUCUGUUCAGCCAAUUGAAACGGACAGGGUCCGUGCGCACCGGAGAAUCCAAGUCGGCAAGAGCGAACCACGAGCGCGUCGUGAAAGUCGCCGAGAUGCAGCACGUGAUGCAGCUGCUUCAUUAUUCGGUGAUGGAUACGGGAGAACACAACGACGAAGCCAAGAAGAAGAACUGGGAACUCGGAGACAAGCUGGCCAUUCUCCUUGGAGACUUUUUCUGGGCGCUCGCCUUUAAGGAGAUUGCAGAUACCCAGGACACAACUGGGCAUGGAAGCUUUGCAGCGAUGAGGUGGCUCAUGUUUUUUGUCUUGCCGCAGGUUAGUAGUCGUAAACCUUGUCCCUGUUUUAUGUCGACUUAUGUUUGCCUAGUUGUGCUUCCAUGCCCCGGAGCUUGUAUUGAAUCUUUUAGAGCGUGUAUUGAAUCUUUUAGAGCUUUGUUGCUUUUGUUGUCUGGGGAUGUAGAGAAGAACGCAGGCCCUAUGAGCAAGCAACAAGAGGAUGAAAUCCUUGCGCUUGUGCAGACGGUCGCGAAACUUCAGAGUAGCCUUGCUCUUCUGCAACAACAGGUAAACCUACUAACACAGAAAAAUAUAGAAAGCAAAAAAUCUCCUUCCGCUCUAGAAGAACGCGUUAACAACCUAACAUCUGAACUCGACUUACUAAAGCAGAAGCAAAUCGGUAGCGUAACACCUACCAAACCUCAGCUUACUACAGCUCUAAACGAACUUUCGCAGCUGAAAACUCGUUGUGACGACCCGGAGGGCAGAUCCCGUCGUAACAACCUUCUAUUUUUUGGCGUCACUGACACCGAUAAAGAAACGUGGGCCCAGUCCGAGGAUUUGAUAACCGGCCUGUGUUCCAGAAACAUAGGCGUGAAUAUCGAAUCGAGCAAAAUUGAAAGAGCGCACCGCUUGGGAGCGUUCAAUCCACAAAAAUGUCGCCCUAUAAUUGCGAAGUUUUCAUCAUUUAAGGAUAAAGAAGGUAUUCUUUUGUCGGCAUUUAAGCUCAAAAGGACAGUUGUAGCCAUCAGUGAAGAUUUUCUCAUUUCUUUCCGACUUGCACGCCGUCACCUUCUUGAUUUUGCCAAGCCUAAAGGCACGACUUACAAGCCGCGUCACGAUAAGCUGUUUUCAGAUAACAAGUGUUAUGUAUAUGACACCGCUCUUGGUGCCGUGAAGGAAAAAACCUCCUACAGAGGCUGA